GUAAGUCCAAGGCCUUAUUAUUUCUGCUGGACCAUUACAAAGAAGGCCUAGCCUGAUUCACGCCUAAUAAAUCAUUAUCAAUCAAUUCUAUCACAAAGUUUCUAAUAGAUAGUGAGAUUAGGGAGAAAAAAAAAAUAAAGAAAUGGAUGCUGCUAAUAAGAACCAAAGUAUAACAGUUGGAAAAUCAAUAUUAGUACCAAGUGUUCAAGAGCUAGCCAAAGGAUCAUUAGCAAAAGUUCCAGAAAGAUAUGUUCAACUUAAUCAAAACCCUUUGAUUAUACAAGCUGAUGAUGAUCUUCAAGUUCCAAUUAUCAACUUUGAAACCUUGAUCACUCGAGAUGGCUUUGAGUUAGAGAAGUUGCAUUCAGCAUGCCAAGAUUGGGGCUUUUUCCAGCUUAUAAACCAUGGGAUUGACACAUCAUUGCUGGAGAGAUUUAAGUUGGAAACCGAAGAAUUUUUCAAUCUGCCACUUGAAGAAAAGAAGAAAUAUUGGCAAACACCAAGCGAGGUGGAAGGAUUUGGGCAAGCCUUCGUUGUAUCUGAAGAGCAAAAACUUGAUUGGGCUGAUAUUUUCUUCUUGACCACACUUCCUAAACAUCUACGCAAACCCAACUUGCUUCCCAUGCUACCAUUGCCUUACAGGGAUACUAUGGAAAAUUACUCAAUCCAAUUGCGAAACUUGGCUUUGAAACUUAUUGAUUGCAUGUCAAAAGCUCUAAAGAUUGACACUAAAAUAAUGAGAGAAAGUUAUGGAGAUCAUGAGGAAGCGCAUCAAUCUUUGAGGAUGAACUAUUAUCCACCAUGUCCGGAACCAGAGAAGGUCAUCGGUUUAACUCCUCAUUCGGAUGGUGUUGCUCUUACUAUCCUUCUUCAAUUCAAUGAAGUUGAAGGUCUUCAAAUACAGAAGGAUGGCAAAUGGGUUCCUAUUAAUCCCCUCCCUAAUGCCUUUGUUGUUAACAUUGGGGAUAUCUUGGAGAUUAUGAGCAAUGGAAUAUACAAAAGCAUAUUGCACCGGUCAGUAGUGAAUGAAACAAAGCAAAGAAUAUCAGUUGCUGCAUUUCACAGCCCUGCUUUUGAUAAGGAUAUAGGCCCUAUUCCCAGCUUAAUUACGCCUAGUACUCCAGCUCGAUUUAUACGGGUUAGCGCGACUGAUUACUUGAAGGGUUUAUUUACUCGUGCUCUUGACGGGAAAUCCUACCUAGACGUCAUGAGGAUCAAUAAACAUGAUGCUUAGUAUUACGUACGUAUUAGAUAAGAAGUUAGCACGAGUUUAAUUAUAAUGUGUAACGAUAUUUGCACUAAUAAGAAUUUGAUGAUUGCAUGAGAAAAUCAUAUAUAAAUCAGUGUAAUAAAUUAAAGGUUUUGUUUAA